AUGGAAGUAUUAGAAAUUGACGUUCUUGGAGAAAUCUUAAAGUAUUUAGAGCCCAAAGAACUGUCAUUAAUUCUUAGAACUUCAAAGGCAUUUUAUGCCUAUGGUACUAUGGAUUCAAUAUGGAAAACUCACUGUAAUUUGCUGUUUCCUUGCUACGAAAAAGGAGAAUUUUAUAAUUAUAUUAAGACAGAAAUUUGAAAUUAUUUAAAAAUUGUUCGGGCCUUCCACCAAAUGGUCUGUGAGAUAAAGUCAAGAUAUCCUCAGCAUCCGGUAUAUAAAUGCUUGAGGGAAAGAGGCAGUACCACUUUGGAGAUUUUUUAUAAGAAUAUUUAGACUUUGUUGCAUUAAUUAGAUUUAUUUAAGUCAAAAGACUAGUUUAUAAAUGAAGGAAUGAAUAUUUCAUGAUAAUUAUAAUUGCUAGAUAUAUGUUGGCUCAGAUUUGAAAAUUUCGCCUGAGUCGGUGCUCAGUCAGUUCAAACAAGCCAUAGGGAUGGAUAUGCCAUAUGAUUUAUAUCACAUUUAUAUGACAUAUGAUGGCCAGAAGCUUGCUGGUGUUGCAGGACUUUUUGGGACAUAUAGAUUUUAUGAAUACUUAACAGUUAUGAUGCUAUUGCCUUUAAAAAAGGCUCUAAAAAAGACUGAAUUUCCCUUGUUUUGUUUUGCAGCAUCUCCAUAUUCAGAACAAAAAAUUCUCUAUGAUUUGACUGGAGUUCUUGGAAAAGGAGCUGGAGCAAUUUAUUAUAAUACAGGAAUCAGAAAUACCUAUUUAUAUUUAUUUCCUUCCAUAACAGAUUUUCUUACAUUAUAUGCAGGGAAAUUGAUCUCUGGGGCGAUAGAAAUAGAGCCAAAAAAAAUAGAAGCCUUUGAAUCAAAUGAGUUUUGCAGCGAUGUCACUACUGAAGGGAUUAGAGUUACUGUAAAAAGUUUAUUUGUCCCUCACCUUAGCAAUUAAAAUGGCGACACGUGGCAACCUGCCCUUUUGGUCCAAAAGCCCAGACCUUAUGGCUACCGCGAAUUAAGACAGACUCCGAGCCGAGAAUCAAGCGCAGGCUCAAGAGAUGUGUAUCCGGGUAGGUUUGGCUGCUUUCCUGUGGUUGGAAAUAGAGGUGCUCAACAACGUCCUUUGGAUCUGAGGACCCAAGACAUUCCUCUACCGAGAAACUAGGGAUUUCGGCUCAGUCGCAGGGGAGUAGUAUUUUCCUGUAACUGUCGAAGGAAGGAACUUUCAUAUACCCAAUAGACUCCAAAGAGCUGAUCCAUGCAAUCAAGUUACUCUAGUCACCCGUAGCAGAGCCGCAGAAAUCCAUAAGCCGACCACUCAAGACUGAAGCCGUAAGGAGGAGACAGAAGAUACGGAAGGCAUCCAACUUGAAAGAUCCUCUGGGCGGAGUCGAAAAACGGUUGAACCUCCGCGCAGGAGGUCGUUUGUGCUGCGUCACUAAUAUGACUAACGCCUGACUUUAAUAGCCUAACCUAACUCUCACCUUAGCAGUAGGGAAAGAUAUAUUUGAGCUUAUCAGGUAGGAAUAGAGCCAAACGAGCCAUUAAAAAGGUGGCGCUUAUCGACGAGAACUUGAAAUAUCACUGAUAGCUAUGGAAGAGUUGAUAGGGUGGUCCGUCAGCCAGGACUUAUUGGGCAUUUUCCUGAAGUCUAUCAAGGCUCAAAAAAGAUGACUUUCGAAAACUGUUGCAUUCUACCAGCCAUAAUUAAAAUAUGGUGUCGCUAGAAUUUUCUGGUCGAAGGCUGGGACCUUUAGGGUGCCUGAAGGGCCUAAGUAGGUAGCCUAAUCUCAAAGAAGAGUCUUGGAAGCCCAAACUUCAAGACUGGCCUCCUCAUCGUGAAACAAAAUCAAUGUGGUCGCAUUUUGGCUGGCCGGGGGAAAAUGGCGUAAAUUUUGCCCCAGAGCAGUUUUUGGGAGCAUCUACUGUAUAGCCAAUCUGCUGGUGGACGGCAAACGAUUAAUAACUAAUUUUAAUUUAAUUUGCAUUCUUCCAACCACAUCUGGAACAAUGGAUGGGUAUUUUACAUUUGUGAAUAUAGACAAUGAGUCAGAAACUGUUGAUGCAAAAAUAGGAGCUUUUCAGCACAGGCUGCCUUUGGGGUCUACAUUCGUGACAUAUAAUUUAUAA